AAACAGAGGCAGUCAGUCAGUCGCUCUCCGGGAAUCUCGUCGCAUCUUCAAGAUACUUGGAGAAUUUUUCCACCACUGCAGUGGUCACCAGGCAGUGGACUGGUGGGAAGUUUUUUCUUUGUACUAAAUUUCAUUCUUAAAAAAAGUAGAGAAACUCUUUGGACAAGCAAAGGUGCUCUAUAUAUAGGAUUUUCAUUUUUUGGCGCCUUAAGUGCACAAUUGUGUUUUUUUUCGCGGGAUACUAUCGCAGCGCAGAAUCUGCAAAAAAAAGAGUGGUGCUCGCGAAUUGGCCGUGUUCUGUGGAGGAGACUCAUAUACUACUCAUCAGAAGGAAUUUGGUGUUCGAGGGAGGGACAUCAUACAAGUACAUAGUACAGGGAGCGAGAGCCCAACUAUAUCAAGUGCGCCAAGUGAAGAAAAAAUGCCUACGAAAUUGGAGCUGCCGCGUAUCUUAUCGCUGUGGUACUAUAGAAAACACUUGGUUUUGUUUAUCACCACAUAUUGCUGGUAAAUAAUCACGGGAGAUUACAAUUAAUUUGCCAUUGUGUGAGGCUGAACGCGAGAACAUUUUGAGGAGGGUUUCAGUGUGAGCCACCAACAGACUAAAACCGCCAAGUGAUUUUUUUUUCUUCAUAAAAAGCAUAAUAUUGUGCAAAGCUCCCCCGCAGGCUCUGAAUUACCAUCAAAAUUGACGCAAAAGAUACCUCAAUCGCAUCAUACACAGAGGAUCCCUCUCUAGAAUCAUUAGAAUUGACGGAGAGAGUAGGUGAAGCACGUCAAAAUGUCUAUGCCGUGGUGGCGUAUUCUCACACGUAGGAAGAAUCUUCCUAGUAGGACCCAGCCAGGGGGUGCUGAUGGGGAAACAAGACUCGGCAGGGUGCUGAAUACAUUCGAUCUCACAGCCCUCGGUGUGGGAGCUACCCUCGGAGUGGGUGUCUACGUAUUGGCUGGUCAUGUUAGUCGUGAUCAAGCUGGUCCAGCUGUGAUCCUUUCCUUCCUCAUUGCUGCUGUUGCAUCCUUUCUCGCCGGACUCUGCUAUGCGGAAUUCGGAGCUAGAGUUCCAAAAGCUGGAUCAGCCUACAUCUACAGCUACGUCUGCAUUGGGGAAUUUGUAGCCUUCAUCACAGGAUGGAAUCUCAUCCUGCAGUAUAUCAUUGGAUCUGCUAGUAUUUCAAGGGGCUUGUCUCUGUACUUGGACACACUAAUUGGGGAUAUCCUCAAGAAUACCUUUAGAAACAUCGCGCCCAUUAAUGCAUCCUUUCUUUCACCUUACUUUGACUUCUUUGCCUUUGCUCUGCCCAUCCUUCUUGCAGUUGCUCUGGCAUUUGGAUUGAAAAAGUCCGCAGUGAUGAAUAAUAUAUUCACAUUAACGAAUAUAGCAAUUGUGCUCUUUGUAACAAUUGCUGGAGCUUUUAAGGCUGACAUUGCCAAUUGGCAGGUGGAUCCUUCCACAUUGAAUACCACCAUCACGGAGGGGCUGAACAUCGGCGAAGGGGGUUUCUUUCCUUUUGGCAUUGAGGGGAUGCUAAAAGGUGCCGCAACGUGCUUCUUUGGCUUCGUGGGGUUCGACUGCAUCGCAACAACGGGGGAGGAAGUUAAGAGUCCCCAGAGGGCCAUCCCACGUGCCAUACUCUUCUCUCUCAUCAUAAUCUUCCUGUCCUACUUUGGAAUCUCCACAGUUCUCACCCUCAUGUGGCCAUACUACCUACAGGAUGUCAAUGCACCCCUACCAUAUGCCUUUGAACAAAUCGGGUGGUCAGCAGCAAAGUGGAUCGUGGCUAUUGGUGGUAUUGUUGGACUAAUUACGAGCCUAUUUGGUGCCAUGUUUCCACUUCCGCGAAUAAUCUACGCCAUGUCACAGGAUGGGCUUGUCUUCCGCUUCCUAGGGCAGGUACAUACGCACUUCAAGACUCCUGUUGUGGGAACAAUGUGUGCAGGAUUGCUAACAGGUCUUGUGGCUGCUUCGCUGGAUCUCAAGCAGCUUGUUAGUAUGUUGUCAAUUGGAACACUCCUGGCGUACACUGUUGUCGCCAUUUCCAUUACAAUCCUUCGCUUUACAAAUCGCGAGGAGACCUACAUUGAAGCAACAGAGUCCAGUUCAUCCAUUAAGAUGAAGAAAAAUUCAUCCUUUACCGCAACUUUACUUCAAAUCUUCAACUGUCGCGUGCUCAAGCAUCCAACGAAGCUUUCUUCACGUAUCGUGGGUGGAAUGAUCUUUCUCUAUACGAUUUUUUCACUCGUCCUUUGCCUCCUGAUUGUGCAUUCCAAGAAGGAUUUAGCAGGAGGAGAAGUGUGGGCGAUUGUUGUUUGGAGUAUCAUCUGCUGCGCUAUCUUAAUCACCCUGAUUUCCAUGGCGGUGCAACCAAGAGACGCCUCAGAGGCACCUUUCAAGGUUCCCCUGGUUCCACUGCUUCCUGGCAUCAGUAUUUUCAUCAAUAUCUACCUGAUGCUAAUGCUGGACACCUACACGUGGAUCUUCUUCAGCAUAUGGCUAGUUAUUGGACUUGCCAUUUAUACAGCCUCUGCGUACCUCUAUGGUCAGGAGGAAGUUGAUCAGGAGAGUGAGAAGAAGGAACCACACAGUACUAGUGUUACAGCAUCAUGUAGUGGAUCCCUCGGGGAGCCACAUAAGCUGGAGAAUGGCCACAUUGGUCGGAUGGCUAAUGAAGAGAUGCCCGAUGAUUACGAUAGAGUGGCCAAAGUGAAGCUAUCUGAGGAUUUAGAUCAAGAAUCCGACGUCGAUGAGGCUGGAUCGACGUCAACGAUGGCAAAAGUUGAGGAGAAAAUACAAAAGACUGAAGGAAAUGCCGAAUUGGAUAAGAGAACUUCAUCCCUGGAUGAGAUACAUUUGGUCAGUGAGCUCUCAGAUACGCACACAGAGAAGAAGGAACCAAAUGGAACGUCUUACUUUGUUGAGGAAGCUCGAACACCAUCUCCGCCGCAGGAUAGGGAAGCCAGGGUACUUGCCUUCCUCGAUGGGGUGAUUGAGACAGAGGACACGAGUCCACCAGCAGAUAGGAAGAACUCAAUGGACUCCGUGAUGGACGAUGAAGUCAUUGAGAAGUCUACAGUGGCGAUGAUUCACUGCGAAGACACACUCAAAGAGGAAGACGAGGAAUGUACUGAUAAAGUGGAUGAUACGCCAGAGGCCACGGCAAUUGCGGAAGUUGAGGGAUCAGGGGGUGAUGUGGUCACUGCCACAGUCAAUACACUGCCAAGGAAAAAUCACGAUGAGACAAAUAGGAUGAAGCAAUCAAAGAGCGAGUCAGACAUGCGGGCACUUCUCAUGCGUGAACUCCAACAGAGGCAACCACUAAAAGAGCCCGAUAUACCACCAGCUGACUAUGAUCCACGGGAUAGCGUUGAGAAAUCUCCAGAAGCUCCCAAAAGGGCUUCGGAAGAUUCAGCAAUCCCAAAACCGCCAAUAUUUGAUCCAAUCCUGUACAAUGCAACCACAAAACGAAGCCCAAAGCUCAAUAUUCCCCGACCUAAGAUUAUAUCAGCACCGCCGAUGAGUCCUGGAAAGGUAACACCGCGGCAACGACCAUCCUCAGAGCCACCACAUGCACAGAAUUCACCAGCAGAAGAGGAAUCAGCCGAGGAAGCUGAUGAGAACAACAAUGGGAAAAAGUUUGCAAGGAUUAAGGGGAAAUUGGAAGAGAUUCUUCGUCGAGGACCUCCACUGCUUUUCCCACGACCCCGUUCGAAACCCCCAGAAAAUGUUCCACAAUCCCCAGAAGCACCUGCAACGCCCACAGUGGAUGAGGAAGAGCCCGUCUUGACGCCAUCCAUUGCAAAUCCUACCAAACCCUUCGAUACGUUCCACAAACAGAAAAUUCUCUUCAAUGAUGUCCUUAAAUCCAUCCAUCCUGACACAAGACCCAGUGUUAUUCGCAAUGAAUCCCUCAAUCGACGAUCUGCAACAUCCGAUAGCCCUGUUGUGCUCGAUGUUCCGGCUAGUCUCCCUGAGAAAGACUCACUAACUCACUAACUUACAA